UCUCUUUGCCUGCUCCAUCUCAGCCAUCCCGUCUCACCCCUCCGCUACUCGUGCCGAGUCAGAGCUACAUAACCGACGCAAUGCGGAGCCGAGAUAGACUUACGUUCAUUAUGCCUCGGUACAACCCAUCUGGUGGGUGAAGCGGAAGCUGACCGCGCAAUCUGACUGUAAUGUCUUUCUUGCAUGGUCUCAUCAACGAUGGAGUCACGGAUUCCUCAUCCUCCUCUGCUCCCUGCAGACAGCCUGUAAUUCCAGCAUGGCGCCAGGGCUCCCCACCAUCGCAGCAGCUCUGGCCGGCGGCCUCGCCACAACAGCGUACCUCGAUGCCAAAUUCCUCUUCCGACACGACCUUCGCGCAGGCUCCCUAGCCGGCAACACCAAGACAGCAGUCGACUUCAUCACGAAAAAAGUCCGCCAGGACAGACUGCUGAUAUACCACCUGAUCGAAGACCACGCGCUCGGCCAAAACGCAAACACGCUGUUCCUCAUCUUCGAAGACCGACAAUGGACAUACAAACAAUUCUACGACGACCUCCAACGCGUGGGCAACUGGCUCCUCGAAGACCUCGACAUCCAACCUCAAGAAAUCGUCGCCCUCGACGGCGGCAACAGCCCUGAAUACCUGCUCCUCUGGUUCGGUCUCGAGUCCAUCCGCGCCUGUCCAGCCUUCAUAAACUGCAACCUCACCUCCGCCCCCCUGACACAUUCCGUCAAGCUCUCCGACGCACGAUACCUCCUCGCCGACCGAGCGACCCAACCACUGGUGCAGCCCUGUGAGUCGGACCUCUCGGCCGCCAACAUCACAACCCUGUACUACGAUGCACGCUCCAUAUCCUCGCUGACCGACCGCACACCCUUGCCCCAAUCCCGCCAAAAGGGCGCCAAACCCGACGAGCUCUCGUGCCUAAUCUACACCUCCGGCACGACCGGCCUGCCCAAGGGCGUGGUCAUGCGACGCAGCCGCGAACUCAACACCUCACGUAGCGUCUCGCAAAAUCUCCGACUCACACCGCAGAAUAGAAUGUACACGUGCCUGCCGCUGUACCACGGCGCGGCGCACGGGCUAUGUAUUACACCCUCGAUCUUCGCGGGCUCGACUGUCGUGCUGUCGCGCAAAUUCAGCCACCGCACCUUCUGGCCCGAAGUCCGCGCCUCGCACGCCGAUAUCCUCCAAUACGUCGGCGAACUGUGUCGGUACCUGGUCAACGCGCCUCCUUCACCGCUCGACCGACAACACAACGUGCGCAUGGCGUGGGGCAACGGCAUGCGUCCUGACGUGUGGGAAGUGUUCCGGCAACGCUUCGGCAUUGACACGAUCAACGAACUGUACGCGGCCACCGACGGGCUCGGCGCGAGUUUCAACGCCAACCGUGGCGACUUCGGACGUAAUGCGGUCGGCAUGCGCGGCGCCCUGUGGCAUUUUUGGAACGCCGCCAACGAGAAGCGCGUGCGCAUGGACUUCGACACGGGCGAAAUCCUGAGAGACUCUGGCACCGGUUUCGCGAUCGAGUGUAAGCCCGGCGAGCCCGGUGAAGUACUCCAUCGCAUCGACCCGACGACCGCACAGUUCACGACGUACUACAAGAACGAAGGCGCGUGGGAGAAACGGCAGUUGCGCGACGUGUUCGCGCCGGGCGACAUGUGGUUCCGCAGCGGCGACAUGAUGAGGCAGGACCGGGACGGGUGCGUGUAUUUCGUCGACAGAUUGGGCGAUACGUUCCGCUGGCGCAGCGAGAACGUUUCCACGAACGAAGUGUCCGACGUGCUGGGCCGCUUCGAGCAGAUCGCCGAGGCGAAUGUUUACGGUGUCGAGGUGCCGCAUGCGGACGGGCGCGCUGGCUGUGCGGCGAUCGUCCCGGUACAGGGGGUGAGUGCUCCGGUGCAGGGGGUAAGUGCUGAUGAUACCAAGGUUUUGGAUCUUGCAGGACUGGCGGAGCACGCGAUCGGCGUGUUGCCGCGGUACGCGGUGCCGGUGUUCCUCAGGGUCGUGCCGCAGCUCGAGUACACGGGCACGAUGAAGUUGCAGAAGGGCCGGCUCCGAAGCGAAGGCGUGGAUCUGGACAAGAUCAGAGCGUCGAGCCCGGAGGAUAAAAUGUAUUGGCUGCCCCCUAGUGGGAACAGGUACGUCGAGUACGGACAGAAAGAAUGGGAGGAUCUGAAGGGUGGCAAGGUAAGGUUAUAAAGAGAGGUCCGGACAAGGUUAGAGUAGACAAAGUUAGUAGACAAUCAUAUACAGAGGACUCGACUCGAGCAACC